AUGGACUCCAAAUUAGUAUCCAAAUUAGCUCAUUAUCUGUGUCAGGAGCAGGCUGGUCCAAAGGGUGAAAAGGGCGAGAAGGGAGAAAUUGGUCCUGCUGGUCUUCAUGGAAAAGACGGCAUGGAUGGUGAACCGGGGUCUCAAGGGCCAAUUGGUCCCAAGGGAGAGAAGGGUGAAAUGGGCCCCCCAGGACCUGCUACCGUACCUAUUAUUACUGCAGGCAUUAAAGGGGAGAUGGGUGCUACUGGACCACCUGGACCCCCAGGAAAGGAGGGCCAAAGGGGAAGGCGAGGUAAACCAGGCCCCCCUGGCAUCCCAGGACCACCGGGACUUCCGAGUCAACAUGGUUCCAGUGGAUAUGUUCCAGAAAAGGGGGAAAAGGGGGACAUCGGUCCAAGAGGAUUGCCUUGCCUGCCAGGAUUGGUUGAUUGUGCCUCAAAGGGGGAAAAGGGUGAUCCCGGUGAAAUUGGAAUUAAGGGCGAGCAAGGAGCAAAGGGUGAACAUGGAGAUCCAGGAUUACCAGGAUUUGCUGGAGAACCGGGCCCACAGGGUACAAAAGGAGAACCAGGACCUAUUGGACCACAAGGAGCACCAGGGAAAGUGGGAUUACCUGGAGAACAUGGUAUUCCUGGCAAACAAGGCAUUAAAGGAGAAAAGGGGGAGUCUGGGGGCAUUGACGGAAUCCCUGGGCCUCCAGGUCCAAAAGGAGAGACAGGACCACCUGGAAUUGGUUUACCUGGGGCACCAGGGCCUAGUGGUAUAACUGGAACAACAGGCCCCAGAGGUCCUAAGGGAGAAAGAGGAUUGCCUGGUGUUCAAGGACCACCUGGAGAGGUUGGACCUCCAGGUAUUGACACAGAAGGGCCUCAGGGUCCUCGUGGUCCAUCUGGAGAACCAGGUAUCCAGGGUCCACGUGGACUUCCAGGAGUGCCGGGUCUUCCCGGAGCAGAUGGUAUUCCAGGCAGAGAUGGAAGGCCCGGACCACCAGGUCUCCCAGGUGACCCAAUCGCCCUUCCACUUUUGGGUGAUAUUGGAGCAAUACUUAAGAAUGUAUGCAGUCAAUGCAACGUUGGUGGGCCUGGCAGUACAGGAAUCAAAGGAGAGAAAGGUGUCACUGGAGAUCCUGGUCUUGAUGGUGUGAAGGGUGACCCUGGCCCAAGAGGUCCAUCAGGAAUACCUGGUAAAGAAGGACCAAAGGGUGUAAAAGGUGAACGUGGCUUUCCAGGCCUAAUUGGAGAGAAAGGUGACCAGGGUUUGCAUGGUACGCCAGGGUUACCCGGAUCUGCAGGACCUCCUGGACCCCCAGGGCAGUUCGGGAGACCUGGACAUCCAGGGACUGCAGGACCCAAAGGAGAAAAGGGUAGCGAAGGGCCCACUGGGAAACCUGGACCGCCUGGACCCCCUGGUAUGCCACUUACAGAAAGAAAUGGAAUGGGGAGUCUUUAUAAGUUACAGGGAGCUGCUUCUGCUAAUUACCCUGGUCCACCUGGUCCUCCUGGUCCAAAAGGCGACCAAGGUCCUGUGGGUGAGCCAGGUCCAAUGGGAAUGCCAGGCUUGGAAGGUCUUCCAGGGGAGAAGGGAGAUCGAGGACAAAUUGGUCCACCAGGAAUUCCCGGGACGCCAGGGAGAAACGGAGCUGCUGGUCCACCAGGAAUUCCAGGUGAACCAGGUGAUCGAGGCCCAAUAGGAGAUAUUGGUUUCCCUGGUCCUGAAGGACCUGCAGGACCACCGGGAAGAAACGGAAAUGAUGGAUUACCAGGUUCACUGGGAGCUCCUGGACGACCAGGUGACAGAGGUCCAAAAGGAGAGCGGGGGGAUCCAGGUAUUCCUGGUGACCAAGGUCCACAAGGAGAAAGAGGAAAACCUGGUCUCAGUGGUGAAAAAGGUGAUAAGGGAUCUGUUGGGUCACAUGGACUACCUGGUGACAAAGGAGAACCAGGAACACCAGGAAAUGAUGGACGUCCAGGACCCCGAGGCCUUCCUGGAACAUCUGCUACAUGGACAGAGAAUGUUUCAUUUCAAGAAAUGAAAAAAUAUAUUAGAGAAGAAGUUUUGCGUAUUUUUGAAGAAAGAAUGAUUGAGUUGCUGAAAACACCAGCCGCGCUGCUUGCUGCUGAAGGUCAUGGUAAACCAGGUCCACCAGGAAAUGAUGGAUUACCAGGACCUCGUGGAGAUCCUGGACCACCAGGUCCCCAAGGUUUACGAGGACAGAAAGGAGAGAGAGGCGAAUUUGGAAUUGGUCUUCCUGGGAGUCCUGGCCCUGCAGGCCCUACAGGUAUCCCAGGUCCUCCUGGUUCUCCAGGUCCCGCAGGACCUCCUGGUCCCCUAGGCUCAGGUGGAAGAUGUAACCCUGUGGAUUGCUUCUAUCCCACUUCCCAUGGUCGACCACGACUGAACGGAAAAUGAUCUGUUUUCCCCUGGUGCAAGUUAACCAUAACCAGUUAAUGGUGAAUGUUGAGAAAACAUUGUGGGGUGGUGCCCAUGGAUUACUGAAUGCCAUCUCAGCAUGAGUGGAGUUGUACGAGAGAAGUCUAUCGAAGCAGUGGUCAUCCCUUAUAUAUCGGAGUAUACUGAAUUUACAGUGUUCAUUCAAACUUCUAUUGGACUCUACAACACUCUUGGUACCCUUUAGGCCAAGAAAUUAGCAAUUACCGUCUUAUUUCCCACAUUGUAUGGCGUUUAUAAACAAAGAACCUUUUUUUAUUUUUUUUUUACAGUUAAAUUCUAAAAAUGUAUAGAUGGUACGUGAAAUGGAACAAAACAUGUUCCACAUGUUGUCUUUUAUGAUAUCAAUGUGUGUCUGAUCUGUGGUAUGUUUUUAGCAGGUCAUAAUAUUCUUGCUUGUAUCUGUAAAGAAACCCAAAUAUAUUUUCAGAGGGGAGGAGAGGUAGUGAGGGUGGGACAGUAAUUAUUGCAUAUCUGCAACGGCGCAGACGAAAAAGUCAAUGAUUCUUGGCCUCUGAUCUUUUUUCUUGAAGGCCAAAAUGAAAACAAGCUUAUUAUACUAUUAUUUUUUGGCCUUUGUAGCACUCUGCAUAAAUGUCUUCUGUAACUCGCUAUUUAUAAAUUAAUGAGAGAUUUUGAAAAAUUAAGCAGCCUACGGACAGAACUUUCUGCUAGAGGUCUCUAACACCAGUAGGCUUAUAAAUAAAAUAGAUUGUUGCUUAAAUUUAAAAUUAUAUAAUAAUUCUAAUCAUUUCAAAGGACUAGUUCAUUUCCUGUUAAGCAAAGAGUUGCAUUACAGGGAAACUGGUAUAAUAUUUGGUGAUAUAUUGCUUGUAUUGCACAUUACCAAUCACACUGCAGAAGUCUUAAGCUAUUGACCCAUGCAUAGUUUUCAUUAGCUCUACAGUCUGGGGACAGUCAGGAUAUCUGGGUUCAAUGUAGAAGCUCUGCCCACCACUGCCCCAUUUCAUGAAAUUGAAGGCCAGUUCUACCCCUUGUACAACUGUAUCCCAAUCUCCCCGACUUGGGACUAGCCCACCACAUAUAAAGGGCAUGAUGGGAAGAGCUCCAAUGGAAGAUCCCAGGAAAGGUGCAUCAAAGUGGUGAUUCAGUGUGAGUGACAUGUUGCCAAGAUGGCUUGCAUUCGUUCUACCCAGUGCUGUGUUCCAAUUUCAAUUUCUUAUUUAGAAUUAAUAUCAUGGUUCCAAAACAUCAAC